CAGGCAUCAAACAAGCACCGUUGAGCUUCUCUCCAGCUAUCUCAGCAGGCCUGCUGUUCUUUUUCUACUUGAUUACCUCGACUGCCACACCCCGCAGCCUCGCAUCAUGAGCUCGCAUGUCGUAGUCCUGGACUCGACAGCUCGAAGGGCUACCGUCAAGACUACCCCGGGCAAGCAUCUGACUGACAUACUGCAAGAGGCCUGCACCAAGCUUGGUGUAGAUCCCAGUCAACAUGGGCUGAAAUACAAAGGCAAAGAGCUCGACAUGUCGCUCGUCUUUCGACUGUCCGGACUUGCUUCCGGUGCUAAGUUGGAACUGGUCCAAUCGUCUCGCUCCCCCUCGGUCGUCACCGUCGCGUUACAACUCCCCGAAUCAGAAGCACGGGGAGCCCCCAACGGGCGGCUUAUGGACAAGUUUCCCAGUACGACAACAAUCUGGUUCAUCUUGCGCAAAUUCGAGGCGGGCGUUGCGGGCGGUACUUCGACCCGCAACCUGACGGGUCGCGGUGUACCAAGUGGCAACGAGGGCGCAGGUAGACUAUAUUACGAGACUCCGGUGGUUCAGGUCCUUCAACGGGAGCUGUCAUCUUUUGCAGAUUUUCAAAAGUCACUAGCACAACUUGGUUUCAACAGCGGCAACGUGUUGCUAAGGCUCAGCUUCCGGCGGACGGAAGAGCCAUUGGAGGAAGCGAUGACCAAAAUCCAGGAAUACUUCCAGACCUCCGAGGACCCAACCCCAAAGCAAGAGGAAGCGCCCGCACCUACGGAAACGUCGCUGGAGAAUGGUAUCGCUGAACAGCGGGAUCCCGAGCCCGAGUCCACACCCGCCUCUACAUCAGCGGCAGCACCAGCACUAGAGCAACCUACUACCCCUGCCCCUCAACCCACCAUACCAGCCUCAGAUCCGUCAGAAGUCCCCGCUGGUUUCUCGCGCCCCGUGACCGUCUUCUCCCCUCCAUCCGGCGACACGCCUCAGUCCGCGCAUACCACCUACAACGAAGCCGAUUACAUCCCAUCCCUGGACCACGCACAAGCCCAUCAACGCCGCCUUAACGCCGCCUCACGACCCCAGCGACUCCCCACGGACGCCGAGAUCGCCGCCAAAGCAGCCGCCGAGGAGGAAAAACGGGCCGCCAUCGCCGAUGUCGAGGUGAAGGUCCGCCUCCCCGACCAAAGCCAGGUCGUGGCCAGAUUCGGCCGGGAGGACACGGGACGAACGCUGUACGACUUUGUGCGCAACUGCCUGGCCGCGCCGUUUGCCAGCGCAGAGAAGUUCGUCAUCACGUAUCUCCCCGCGGGUUCGCGAGGUGGCGGCGGCGGCGGCGGCGGCAGCGGUCGGAAGAUCCAGGAGGUGAUCCCCGAUUCGGACCAGACGCAUCUAAUCCGAGACCUGGGGCUGGCGGGCCGGGUGCUGGUCAACUUCAGCUGGGACGAGAGUGCUUCCCAGGCGGCUCACGCGAGCCGCGAGCUCCUGAAGCCGGAGUUACGGACCCGGGCCCAGGAGAUCAAGGUGGAGCAGCCCCCAGAGGUCAUGGAGACCGCCGAGGACGCGCGUGGUCGGACAUUGGGGACCACGGGCAGUACUGAGACCAAGAUGGGCGAAAAGCGGAAGCCCGGCGGAAUACCCAAGUGGUUGAAGUUGCCAGGCAAGAAAUAGGGGGAUUGGUGGGAAGGUCUUGUAGAAGUCGAAGAUAGAUAAUGAAUG